UUAAAGCUCGAAUUUCAAUAAUAGUAGGGUGCCUAAUCGGUGUUGCACGUUCGUGGUCUUGGCAACACCACAGCGACCAGUCUACGGGCAACCAAACGUUCGUGCGGACACAUGUACACCGCCUCACACACGAGCAAAAUACGCGCUCCUAUGGUUUACCGUUAACCAGCAAUGCGAAACAACAUACGUGUUAUAGUGGGAUUUUGAAACAGAUUAAACAACAGCAACCUGGCACCAAUAACAAAAAAACUGGGAGCCGGUCCUACUGGCAAAAGUGGGACCGGUUCUCUUCUUGGGAAAAGUGGUAGCAGUGCACUGGGAAAAAGCGGGAGCAGUACUUUUGGAAAGACUUCGACAUCUUCCAAGUCAACCAGUGGAAAGUCUUCUAGUUUGACUCCAAAACUUUCAUCUGGGCUAGGUUCCGGUUCUGGUGGCAAGUCAUCUAUUUUCGGAGCCAGUUCAUCAAAAAGUUAUGCCGUUUCGUCGCACAGUACCCCUAAGAAUAAAACUAGCUUCGGUAUUAUAUGGAUACCUACAAGAAAACACAACAAGAAGAAGGAUAUAGUAUACAACAGCCACAACUAUUCACACUCUAGAGGGAAAUACGAAAGAACACCAUCAAUGUACAACAUGUCUGGAGAUUCACCUGAUUUUCAACCGCACAAGAAGAAAGAAGAGGAGACUGACUUGUUAAUGCCUGAGAGGACUAAGGCUCCUAUUGCAAGUAUAGCUACAGGUGGAACUGCAUUAGGAGCACCUGACGCACCCUCAGACAGCACUGCUACUGGGAAUGCUGAAGAGAAACAGGAGUUUAUUCGACAUGACAACAAAGAAGAGAGUAAAGAGGCCGCUGGGGACACAAACAGCAAGGAAUUCAAGAGUGAAAAGAGUGAUGACUAUCUUGACAAUGAUAAAGUCACAAAUAAAGCUGAGAAGCAAGAUAAGGAGGCCGACAAGUAUGGAGAUAAAGUGGACUCUGUGUACUUGAGACCUCCCCCACCGCACAAGACUAGGUCGUCCGCUUCAACCGUUGAUGAUGAAGACUGUGGCAUCAAGUGCCUAUACUACACAAUCCAAUGUUGUGACUGUGUUCUCAUGUAAGUAAAUUUUAGAUUUUAACAUUAUAUGCUCAUGUAGUAUUAAAUCUCCCAUUAUGAGCCAAUUUUAUACAACACUUAUACACAUGGUUGUGUAACAUGUAUUUUUGUACGACAAUGUGAUAUUUUAUAAAAAAAAUAAUUUACUUACUCAUCUAUUUUGGUAUUAACUGUAUACAUGUACUAUUAGUCCUAGCAUCUAAAUCGCCUGCUAUGAUUUGUAGAUUGUAAUAAGUUUGGAAUCAUUCAGUUAAUUGUUAUUUGUACUCAAAAGUUAAAAAUUCCAGUAUGUGUUUUGUGAUGUUAACUAGAAAAGCAUUCCAUUACAUUAUUUGUUAAGUGGAUAAGAUAUUUUUGUAUAAUAAUUAUACAAGUUAUCAAAGUUAUUCUUGUAAUAAAACCAGAAAUAUAAAAUGUUAUCCUUCAUUAUAUUGUAAAGAAGAAAUCCAUGUAAACAAAUUGUUUGUAUAAGUAUUGCAUAUCAUAAAAUAACAAAAAUGUUAGCAUUACUGAAACAUUUCUUUUAAGUUUUAGUCAAGACUAUUAACAAAAUAUGGAUUUACAUCAACAGCUGCAGCAGUUUGUCAGCUGUUCAUUAUAUUUUAAGUAUUUAGGUUAUAACUAUGAACUAGCAUUCACUCAUUUAAUAGUUUAAGGUAACAUUUAAGUUAUAUAUUUAAAUUAAUAACUUUUGUUUCAUAGAAAUGUUCUGUGCCAGUUGUUAUGUAUUAGAUCUGAUAUUUAUUUAGUAAUCUCAUAUUCCACUGAAUAUUUUUAUAUUGUCUUCUGAUCAUUCCUUCGCCUUUUUUUUAUGCCGGAAUAUGAAACCUACAUAUAUUAUGAUAUGAUAAAUUGUUGAUUGUCUACAUUACCGGCUUAGGUUAGUAAAUCUUGUUCCUAACAUAACCUCAUAGGUCACAAACCUACUUAAAUGAAAUAUUGUUAUACAUUUGAUCUUGUUAUAUGCAGUUAUAACAUUUCCAUUAUAUCAGUAGUUAGUGAAUUGUCCAUUAUUGCAUUAGUAAAUUUUUUACAGUUAACAAAAAAAAGUUAUACAAUACAUAUACUAUUGUUCCUGGUUCAAUUUCUGUUAGUCUGGGCUAUUGUUUACCUCAGCGGUCCUAUUUUCAUUCAGGAGAUACAGACACUCUUGGACCACCAAUGCCAAUAUGAUUUGCCUUUCGUAAAAUGAGUUUACCAAGUGUAAUGAAAUACCUUUAUAGCUUUAUUUUUGACUUUAUAUUUUGUCAUCUAUCACUAAGCGACAUGUCUCCGUCCAGAUUAGGAGUCUGUACUUGGUAUAGUAUAUAGACUGUAGAUUUAUAUUUUAAAUUUAUAAAAUGUGUACAUGUUUGUACAACUAAUAAAAUAUAAACUUGA